AUGACACCUGAGGCUAAGAAAAGGAAGAAUCAAAAAAAAAGAGCCAGACAGAAGCAGAAAAAGGUAUCUGAAAAGGCUACUGAUACUGUAAAUCAAGAAGAGAUAAAUCCACCAGUCAGCGAUGAGUCUCCUAUUGUACAAGCCAUUGAGAGUAAUAAUGAAAGCACUCCUGAGUCACAUAUAGUCGAAACAAGUGAAACAGCGACCGAUGCAACGUCCGAAAAGGUAUCAACCAUUAAAUCGAUCGAUAGUGUUGAAGUGCAUGCUGCCCCAGAACGUGAAGAAAGCUACCAAACAGAGGCUAUGGGAACUAUACAUGCACCAGAUCAUCAUGAUAGUGUUGCACAUGAAUUGGAAGACGGAAACCAAGAACAGUUAUUAGUAGCAGAAGGACAUUCGGAGCCAGAAGAUAAGUCUGCUCUUGAUAAAGAAAGUGAAAACUCCGUUUCCAAGGAGCAACAUUUGAUCAAUGACCCUUUGGAUGAAGUAAUCACCAAGAAUAAUGAAGAUGCUGUAAAUGAUCAGCAAUUUGCACAUGGGACAAAAACUAAAGAAAAGCCAAGUUUAGCCGAUAAUGUAGGGACACAACAACAAAAUACUAAAGAAGACCUAUUUGGUUCAUAUGAUGACAGUUCUAGUUUCUUAGAUGGGACAAACGAGGCAGAUAGCCGUGGUAGCCCCGAUGUGGGCAUUGCAAAAGAAUCGGAUAUGAUUGAGACCAUAGAUUCGAGACCUGUUCAGCAGCAUCCAGAGGAAGAUAUAUUUAGUUUUCAGAGCUCUAACAUUGAAGAAAAAAUAUUUCCAGAUUCCGCUGAUAAUGAUGUGAAAGAAGAUGUCACAGAGCAUGACAAGAACCUUCACGAGCGAAAUGCAUUGAAGAGUGAUGAGGUAAAAGAAAAUUUAGAGAAUGGACACGAUGACCUAUUUGGAAAUCAUCAUGAUGAGCACGAGCUAAUGCCAUGGGAAACAGCAGAAAAGGAUGAAAAUAUGCAAGCAGAUCUUUCUAAUUCAAAAGAUGCCUCUAAUACCAUUGAUUUUGGGCAAAGCAUUACAGAACCUCCGUUAACAGCGUCAACAAACGCACUUGAUGCUCCUACUGAAAACCCUUUGACUACUGGUCAGUCAGACUUGUCGGGUGAAAAGCAAAAUAAUGUUGGAAAGAUAGACGUUGCAAGUGUUGAUGAUCUCUUCGGUGAACAAGAGGGUGAUGUCGAAGAUAGUGCAUUUUGGGAAAAUCAAUCCGAUGUCGCCGGUCCGAAAGAAGAGGCUAAAUCAAAUGAAGAACCAAAUCAAAAACAAGUUAAAGAAACUAAAAAAUUCUCGUUUUUAGAGGAAGAUGAAGAUUUACUAGAUGAGGACAGUUUUUUAGAAGCAGAAGAUGAGGAUAUUUCCAAAGAGCAAGAGCUACAGAGUGGUAUAGAAUCUAAUGCAGUACCAGAUAUAGACACAAAGCAGAACACACAAGAACCUUCUUCCAAGUAUGCUCCUCCAUUCGCAAAACCUUUACAAGCUGUUCAAUCACUUCCAACUACCGCAGUAAUUGAAACAUCAUUAGGUACUUCUGUUGGGAUUGUUCCGCCGCAACCAUUCAAGAAUAUUGUGGCAAGUCCUUCAAUACCAACCUCUUCACCUUAUAUGGCACCAACUGGUAUUAGCGCCUCAAACCCUAUAAUAGCGGAGGGUCAAUCGAUUGAGAAACUGAACGAUGAAAAGAAAAAAUCUGAUGCGUACGACUUUCCAAUGGAAAUUAUGGCUGAAAAAAUCAAACCUGUGCAUGCAAAACCUGUCGGCGUCCCAACUUUAAAAGUGAACAUUCCAUCUGCUCCUGUUAGCAGAAAAUCUUCAAUUACUUCACCCCAAAGAAGCAUCAGUUUCAAGAAUGCGCCGCCAUUACCACAAAACCCAUACGCAAAUGUUUCUAUCAAAACAGAACCAUCUAUUUCGAUCAUGUCUCCUCAACAAAGUAUUGUCAUGCCUAACCAACAAUUACCACACGCAAGCAAGAAUAUUCCCUCAUCUUAUCAGCCUCCUCAAAUUCCAAUGGGCUCGAAAGCGAGGACUUUUAGUAAUGUUUCUAGUGCAAGUACAUCAAAUAAGGCCGCUGAUGGAAGCGGUUAUGCCCCUUUGCAUAAUUACAGCCCAUCUACUUCAAGGAAUGCAAGCGUUAAUAAGUAUGCACCAUCUACUCAGCCCAGUCAACCUUUGCAUAAGCAGAAGAUGCCAUAUGCGAUCCCUCCUGAACAAACAUUCCCCUUACCUAUAAAAACUAAUGAAACACUACCCAUAAAUACAACUACUUUUGAACCAGCUGUCCCAAAUAUUGUAUCGCCUACAAGCCUGACACCAAGUGCGGUAAGGGGUAGCCAUGCAAGAAAGACGUCGAGUGUAUACGCACCAAUUCAGAGCAGCUCGAAGUAUGCACCAACCGUACAUCCACAACAUAUGACUCAAAAUUUUAAUGAACCUCAACCUCUUCCAUCCACUGACAAAUAUCCCCCUCCAACAAUGGCACCUGUACAAUCGAUUCCAAAAACAUUGAAGCAGGUAAAUCUCAUAAAUACAGGUGCACCACCAAUUCCUCAUGGUGGGUAUAUUGUGGGAAAAGCUUACUCUAGCCAGGUACAAUCUUUUAAAGUUGAUAACGAAGCGCUACUGACACGUCAAUUUCCUGUGUUCAGCUGGACUAAUUCGAACAAAAUUGUGUAUGGUAUUCCAGCUCAUUCAAACACUUAUUUGAACUUCCAUUCAACCUUGGAAUCUGUCAAUGUGAUCCCUUACGACACGCUAAUAAAAUGCGAUUCUUUGUUGCAAUCUUUUCCUGGACCUCUUUCUUCUAAAACAAAGAAAAAAGAUGUGGAAAAAUGGUUAGAAACUACUAUAAAGGAACUAAAAUUGGAUGAUUUCUCCACGGAAUUGAUCAUCUGGCAAUUGCUAAAAUUCAAACUCACUGGUAGCCAUACUUUGAAGGAUAUUGCAAAUUUACUCUAUAAUUCAAAUGUUUCUGCGUUAUACCUUUCACAGCGUGAAAAACAGGUACAGACUACGCCAAAUGCCUACAGGUUAGAUGCUGAUGGUCAGAUGAGAAUUCUAGCAUCAUUGCAAGUUGGAGAUCAUGAAGGCGCAUUCGCCUUGGCAUUAAGAAGACAAGAUUAUGCAAUGGCUCUCUUGAUCGGUUCAUUAGCAGGGAAAGAGAAAUGGGCUGACGUGGUUCAAAGAUAUCUCAACCAGGAAGUGGGCACGUUAACCGCUGGCUCAGAGGCUUGGGCAAAUUUGUUAUAUUUAAUUUUCCAAGUUUUUAUUGGUAAUUCGAGGGCUGCAGUAGAGCACUUUUACACUAACAGAGCUGAAUCAGACUGGGCUUUAGCAAAUUGGAAAGCCAUCGUCUCGGCUGUUCUGAUUAACAUUAACAGUGACACACCAAGCUCGUCAUCAUCCCAAACCAUGCAGAUCCCUAGUAUUGUGCUAGAAUUUUUACUAGAGUUUGGGAUUUUUUUGAGCCAUAGGAAUGAAGCAUUAGCAUCUUCAGUUGUCUUUAUGAUUGCUGGUAUUCCUCUAUCUAAUCUUCCUGUGAUUUCAAACUCAGAUGUCUUAUUUGAAAAUGUCGGUCAGGUAAAUACUACAAAGGGUUCAAUAUGGUCCGAACUUUAUCACUAUUGUUAUUGCUGUGCAAAUCCAAAGGUACAAGGACCCCCUGUUUUGCUUCAAGAGAAGUUAUUUCAUGCCUUUUGCCUAUAUGAGCACGGAUUGCCGGCAGCCGCUUCAAAAUAUACCGAUUACAUUGGUUCAAAGUUAAAAUCAUCCACUAAAAAUAGUGUCAAUUUUAUCAAUAUUAUGCCAGCAUUGAAUGGUUUGACAUCCAGAGUAGCAGAAAGUAAUACUGGAUGGCUUGCCAAGCCAAAGUUAAAUAGUGUAUGGGGACAAUUAGAUAAGUCUUUCAACAAAUACAUUGGAGGAGAUGUAGAGGAUACCAAAACAUCUAAUGAAAAAAAGAUAUUUGACGGCAUCACACCAUAUUCCUCCAAUAAUUCAUCCGUGGUGGAUUUGGUACAGCCUGUUUUUACUCCAUAUCAGGCGCAGUUGAAUAGACGCUCUUAUGGACAAAUUGAUGCGGCCCUUGUUAAUGCACCAGGACAGCUCAAUAAUCAAAACAGUCAUGCUUCAACUGGCAUGGUCGGGGACAUAGGUGCUCUGCUUCAGCCAAGAAACGACCAGAGUUUUCAAGGUUCCCCACAAAGGGUGCCACAUGCUAAUCUUAGAGCAGGCGAUGUACAUACUUCUCAAUCAAGGAAGGUUAAGAAGGAUUCAACCUUGCAUUUAGAGCAAUUAGGCAUGAAAUCUGAAGUCUCGUAUGUGGCGCCUCCAAUGGCCAAACAAAAUUCAACGCUACAGAGCGGUCAGUCUUCUAAAGUGUUGAUGAAUAGCACAGCUCCAACAGAGGCAGAUUCUUCAUCUAAACAAUCAAAUAAGGUAGGAGAAUCACAUGUAUCAGCUACAGAUCUGCCAAGAGAAUUCAGCAAUGCUCCAGGGACUCCAGUCAUGUUACCCCCUCCAAAGACGAAGAAGAAAGCAAGGGCUGCUAGAGUCAUUACUGGCGGGCUAUCUUAUGCAGAGACUACGCCUUUGCCUUACAACAACACUUCCCAAGUAUCUAUCGAUAAUGGCUCCGUAGUCGCAUCAACAAACAUAGAAAGUACAACCCUGAAUUUACCCGCUAAUGAGAUGAUACUACCCCGCACUGUAGAGGCACCUAUUCAAAACGAACACAUUGGCAGCGUACUACCCAAAGACAUUGUACAACAUAUGGUAGAAUCCGGCGAAAAUGUUGAAAAGGAAAUAGUUACGGAAAUCCAACCAGACGAGCAUGCUAGAUUUAGUCCUAAUGAGCGGAUUGUUGAGCCGGCGUACGAACCUUCUCCAAGUUUAAAUACGCUUGCCGUCGAUAGACCGAGACAGGAAGAGAAUGAUGAACAAGGAACGCGAGAGGCCAAGGAGGCUGAAUCUAUUCAAGCAGUCGAGACUGUUACAGCGGUAGAGAGAGUUCAGCCAAAGGAAGGUACUCAGAUACCAGAAGUUAAUGAGAUUGUUGGAAGUAGUCACUUCAAUGAAGCUGUUCAAGGACAACUAAAGGAGCCCGUAAAAAUUGGAGAUACACUGUCCCCAGUAGAUAAUUUAGAGGAGCAAGAUAACCAAAAUGACAGCGAUUAUGUUAAUGAAGAAGAUCAACCUUCUGUUAAUAAUAAUUAUGUUGCUCAAAGACGGCCAGCAGGCGAUACAAAGGUCCCUCUUGAGAGCCCUAAAGCACAGUUAACAAAUGGAGAGAUUGACGAACAAGAAUUAGUUGAUAGUCCAGCGGAUGUUCCUGGUUUAGGUCUCAAUAUUCGAUCAGAUAAAGUACUUCCUCCACCGGUUUUUACCAAUCCAUACGCUCCCCCUCUCCUCAAGAAUAAAACAAUUGCUUCAAAUGGACCUUCACAGAGGAAAGCGUAUCUUCCUACUUCUUACAGCCAAUCUACUCCAAAUGUGGUUCAAGAUGAACCUAUUGUGGGAGAUAAUGUAGAUAUGUUUGCUUAUGGUGGUUAUAAGUCACAUUCAGAAGAGAAGCAAGCGGCUAUUGAACCGCCCGAAUGGGUUGAGCCUCCAGUUUCUUUGAGUGCACAUAUUGGGGAAGCUAAACAAUUCGAACAAGAAAAUAUAUUACCUACUGAACCUUCCAACAUUGCAGGUCAAUCUUUAAUGCAUCCAAAGCCUUCUACGAACAAAUUUGCACCAAUACGAGCAUCAGAAGUUGUUACCAACGAAACAUUUGAACCGGUUAUUAAGAAAAGCGAUUCGAAUUUCAGAUCUUUUACACCUGUCGUCACUGGUGUAGAUAGUAUUGAAUACAAUGAUGUUGUUGAAGACGAAUCAGAUGAUGAGGAUGAGGGUGCAGCUACAAAGAAGGAUGCGACAAAGAGUGCCAAGAAGAAAGAAGAAUAUGAGAAACCUGUAGAUGGAGAUAACAAGCCAGGUUGGUUUGGUUGGUUGAAGAAAGAAACGAACGAAAAGAAGCCUGUCAAAGCCAAACUGGGUAAUCAAAACAGUUUUUACUACGAUGAAAAACUGAGGCGUUGGGUGAAUAAGAAUGCCACUGAGGAGGAGAAACAAAAGCUUGCCGAAGCUGCGGCUCCUCCGCCUCCACCAGUGAUAAAACGUAAGGACACUGUACCGAAGACGAAACCGCGUGCAAGCAUAAGUCAUGUUCAGCCAUCUGCUGUCUCCCCAGUAGCUGCAGUCCUUCCUACAAAUCCACUCACUGGUGAACCUUUAAUGACGACGCCUUCAAUAGUAGCUGAGGACAAAUUGGCGGAAAAAUCUGCCCCAGCAGCACCAACACCCGGUCAAGGACCUGCAAUCACAUCGCAGCCUGGAAGUGCGAUCAAUAAUCUUUCCGGAAAGAAGACAAACGACUUGAAUGACCUAUUGAAUAUUUCAGGUACUCGUUCUGUUGCUUCUAGGAGAAAGAAGAAGUCAGGAAGAGGUUAUGUUAACGUUAUGGAAAAUCUAUAA